GUGUUACUACCGUGUUAAUGGACUCAGAGCUAUUUAAUUGCGACUCAGACAAAUUUUAAACCUUUACUUGAAAUACGGAUUAAUAAAAUAACAGAAUGGAGAUAACCAGAGGGAGUUUAGAGGACAUUUCUCGACCUGCUUCAAGUGAGAAAACAGGUAGCCGUGUGUCGAGCGUGUCUUUGCCUCGUAAUAAGAGAAUUGGUCCAGCUGCACCUCCGUUGUCUCUUGUUGUUUUGUCCAACGAUGUCACUAAUACAAAGGUAACAAAACAAUAGUAUUGAUAUGUUAAACCUCAUAACUGACAAAAUGGUGUAGUUCACAGUUAAGAUGUAUUGUCUAUCCCUUGUAGAUGCACAGCAACUCCGAAUAUACUAUUACCAGCCCCCAAGCCCGAGGUCUUCCUGACAAAGGUCUGUGGGGUUGUACACUAACUAUUGGGAUGUUACAAUCAUUUAGAAAAGUAAACAGACACCCUACAGCAAUUAUGUGUCUUCUAGGUCCGUUUUUUACUGAUUUGACCAAUGAAGAGGAAGACGAUCCCAAACUCCAGAGAGCCAUUGAGGAAAUGAAACGACUUGAUGAACAAUUAUCUGAAGCGACCCGCAGAGAAAAAGAAGCCAAGCAUCGAAGACAAAAACUUCUAGCAAGCCUCUGGCAAGCGUUCAUGGUAGAAACUGGAUUUGUCUACAAUGAUCAAAAAAUGGCUGAUGGCAUGCCUGUCUGUAAGCUGGUACAACAGCUGCAUGUUGGUAGUUCAGUGGCUUAGUCCAUUGAGAGGUAGUAUGCCACCAGUGCACCAUUAUAUUCACCAAUUCCACUCAGUAUGUUCAAUUCAAGUUCUUUUAGGUGGUUACCAGCAAAAGCCAAAUGCAGAAGUGCUCCUAGAAGUGAUUGGAAAGAUCUGCAACCAACUGACUUAUGGAUAUGGUGACAGCAAAUGUAAACAGACAGCGGCAUGCAUUUGAAAAAACGUCAUAUAGUUAGUUUAAAAUAGUCCAUUUGAGGGAUGUUUCUGCAGAGGAAACAGCCAUCUUGGCUGUCUAUGAAAGGCUGAAGCGACACUCCCAUGUCAUCAUCUUCACAGAACCUGCCACAAAUCUAAAUAAACGACCAGUAUUAGUCCAAUGUAUGAGACCAGUGGGAAAUGGUUCAAAAUGACAGUGGUUCCAGACCUGCCUGCCAGGAAAAAUGAGUGUAAGAUGGGUGAUGGGUCUGGCGAAAUCAGGCUAAUGUCCAACAUGGUAAUGGAAAUACAGGAGUGUAAUGGUCUUCAUCUCGCAUCUUCCAUGUGUUUGAAAGUAUAGUUGUUCUGUACAGUGUAUGUGAUUAGUACUACUGUGAUGCCAUCUAAGUCAUUUAGUCUGAAAGUCAUUGGUUUACCUAAUAGUAUGUUCACCUGGACAGAGUAACAAGCAGCAGGUAAAAGACUCAUAAACCUUUGCCUCAGUGAAAUAGUAUACAAAUGGCUACUCAGUUGCAUGUUAAGAGUAGCAUUUUGAAGACUGGUAGAAAGAUAUUGGUCAGCAUGUAACAAUGCAAUGUGCGAUCUUGUUAUUGCUAUUGUGGCUGUGCUUACAGGCUAGAAAAGUGUAAAAUGGCAAACUGGUGGCAUGCCAUCGAGGUGACUGGUGUUGCAAUGGCAUAGCAUGGCAUGCCAACAGGCAACAGGCAGUUUUAAAAUUUACAGUUCCUCCAAUAGCCACUAAUCUAUUUCACUGAAAAAGUGGCCUGUCUGAUAUAAUUAAUUGUGUUAUGUUAAAUUUUUUAUUAUUCCUCCGCAGAGAAAGCCUAAAGAUCACUCUGAAUGUGCUCAAGAAGCGCGAAUCACAAGGUUGUUUUUGGCUUCGGAGGAAACCUUUGGUAAGAACAGGCAUAUGUUUUCAAAUCAGAGACAGUAUUGAGUGUAAAGUUCAUUUGGUCACAGUGGGGCACUUGAAAUACGUUUCUUUUCUUGAAGGGAGAGAAGAGGUAGAAAACUCUGCGCCUGUGUUUCAAACCCAGAUUCCUGAUUGUGACCACACCAGAGACAGCAAAUCUGCAGGACGUUGUAAGCCAGUGAAAAUAUAAAGAAUAUGCAACAUGUUACAUUCCCUUGAUUUAACUGUGGGCUUAUAGUUCUGCGCUCAUAGUUCUACUGCAUAUAUUGUACACUUGAUGGCGCCAUGAGCUCAUAGAACUUGGAGCAGCUGUGUUUUUCGCUUUAUGUGCAGACAUCAGUCAACUUACCCGCAUAUUAAGCAGUUUUCCAGAAGAGAAUGCAUAACAGUUCACCCAUAUGCAACUCAUGAACAAUUUCCUGAUCAAGAUCUUGUGGCUUUUCUCAUGAAAUCAAUCCCCUUGGGAAAUAUAGGUUGAUAAGAUGACAGAAUAAGAGCACAUAGCUGAAAAAAAGACUGUUCUAUCUAAGCUCAGCCAAGUGUUAUCAUGAGAGCGUUGACUAAUUUUAAAUAUUUACCCCUUGGCAUCUGAAGUGUGUCUUACCUGACAGGUGAAAAGAUGCCAGACAGCUGGACAGAAUCAUUUGAAGUAGGCCACGAGGAGAGAAGGGAAGAGCAAUUUGAGGGCAGCCACUAUGGAGAUUCCAAGGGCAAGAAAAAACAGAAGGCCUUUGUCAAGAGAAACAUUGAGGUAUGUCAAAGUUCACGUAGGGCCAAAUGCAGUGCUGGGGUAUAUCGCAUGACUGGGAGCAAGUCUUUAGACUGUUUGUUUUUCCAGUGAGGAAAUAUUUGUCUCGAGCUCAAGAAAAAGACAUAUUUUAAGCCCACUAGGCCACCACUGAAGAUGAGUAGAAAUGCUAUGUAAAUAAUGGCUUUUUGAUUCUUUUUUCCUGAUUCAAAAGCUUGUCGGUAGUGAGGGGGCCCAGGUGCUUCUGAGCCAGGCAGAGAAAAAGCGUCUGGCUGAGCUCCUGCGUGAAAUAGAGGAAGAGGACAACGCCAGAGGGGCAGACAGCGAGGUAGGCCGACAUGAAGCCUUAACAGACAACAUAUGCUUAUGAUGAGUCUUUUUUUAAGUUCCUUAAUACCUCCCUCCAUAUCCAGAAUUCUUAUGGGCAGCAGCAUCACAGCAGAUGAUCCUACCCCAUUCUUCUUAAUGGCAUUUCACCUCACAUGAACUACAUUAAAUCCAUAGUAUGUCAAGUAUUUAUUAGAAGCAAAUCCUGUUUCCAGACAGCCUUUAAACACAAUUUGAAACCAAUAAACGUGUGUUUUAUGGUCUUAUAUCUUGUCAUUUGUGUUAAUGUAUGAUAUCUGGCCUCUUGUACCACGUUAUCAAACACGUUAAGUAACCUCAGGACAGUCUGUAGAGUAACACUGGUCACAUAUUCAUGUUUUGAUGACUGCUUGGCAGCUGAUUCAGCCUCUGGGCAGAAGACUCUGUCUCCGCAGUUCAGAUCAUGAACCAGAUGUUAAGUGCCAUGUGCAGUUCACAUGGAAGGCUGCAUGUUAUGCAUUCAUUUUAUUAGCAUGUUUUCAUAACAAUUCUUCCUGUUGUGAUUCUACGAAACUCAGGUCUCUGGAUCUUUCAUGUAGACCUGCUAUCAGUGUGCCCUCACAGUGAGGGUGUGAUGAUAAAAGAGAUUGUGGUAGUGAUUUUUUCUUUUGGAUGGUACAUUUGAGAACCUGUGUUUUGCUGUCAACCUACCUCCGCCAUCCUAGCUUCGAUUGUUGUUAUAGUCAGUUUCGAUUUGCUUUAGUAGCCCUUUUUGGCAGCUGUGAGGCUGGUUUGAAGUCAGAUGGGAUGCUAGGAAGUGAGAGGGAACAUACUUACCUUUCACAUGCGGUUCUGUUUAGCCUGACCCCGGCAGCUCUGCAUCCGUAGGACAGGCCGCCAGGGUUUUUUUAUGUCUUUCUGUUCUAUUUAUGAUGUUUGCCUUGACUUUUUGAACAAAACCACAGUAAUUGUGGUGGUAGAUACCAAACUCAGGGGAGUGCAGAUCCUCUGGGUUUUUUUUUAUUGGUUGGAAGAAGACUUCCUGCUAUUGUGAAGCAUGCUGCUCUGAAUGGUAAUAACAUUGUAGGCACAUAAUUUAUGUCACCAGGACUUGGGCAUUAACGGAUCCUCUUCAGUUCUGAAAACUGCACCCAGGUCUUGGCAGAAUCCUCCAGAACACAUUAACCACAAGUUGCUACUUAUUGGUUGCAUCAUACGAUUAUUAUUUUUUAAAUAUUAUGACCGCCUGUCCUAACAAGCUCCUCAGUUUUAUGUGGUUAUGGUUACCUGAGGCAGUAAAUAAGCAGCUGUCAGUAAUCAAAGAAUACUUUGGCAAUAUGAAAUUGGAUGUGAUUUACAUUUACCAACAUUUGCUUUCCAUCUUUGGCCUAAAAACUUGUGCUAUAUGCCUCAAACUAUAACAGCUGCCAUUAUGUGGAUAAAAAGCAUCUGUAGCUGAUUCUUUAUAAAUACCCAGUUUAGGAAUAAUCAGAGUCAUAUCAAAAUUUAUUCAGAUGGCACAUUUGAAAACAAGUUGUAGCAGACUAUGCUUACCAUUGACUUGACUUAUGGAGAUGUUGUAAGGAGAUGCUGACAGCUCAUGUUAGUCACAACACACUGGAGCAAACUGUACAGAGAUGGCCUGUGAUUUAGUUUACUCUGAAUCUGAUGCACACAAUGUGUGGCUGGUGCACAGCCUUUGUGACCAUAACUUGUCCUCUAUAACAGAAAUAUGGAAGUGUCUAAGCCGAAAACUGGAAGCCAACCUUUCAUCACUCCUUAAGGCCAAGAUCCCAGUUGUGAUAAGGGGCCUGGCCACAAACUGAAUAAUAGUAUAAGUUUGAAGAUUGAUGGUAUAUGAUAAUUCAUUGCUUGACAAACAUGGCUAUGCUAUGCUGCGCUUCAUAUACUGUAUGUCAGUUUGGUAAACUAAGCCAACCUGCUGCUGGUUUGAGCUGCAAUUUGGCUGAGCCUAAUUUUCUGAUAACUCCCUCUUGCAGCUCUUAGAGGUAAAUGUUGCAUUUUUUGCUACCUUUUGUGAUUGGAUAGGAGGAAGCGGAUGAUCAUUGUGGGCCAGAAUCAAUUUUGUUCAUAAAAAUGUUGUUAUCGAAAUUUAAAUCUGAUUAAUCGUCCUGCUCUACUCAAGAGUGGAAUGAUCUACAUAAUAUUUGGCUCUAGACCUGAAAACAGAUGCCAGAGUCUGACUGGAAUCUAAAACCUGUAUUACAGCACUGUCACAAAGUUGUUCAAGUCACAGAUAGAUUAUAGGUUUAUCAUAUAAGUUUCCAAUAUUUAUUAUAAGUCAUUGGCCAUUACUUAUAACGUCUAUAUUUCUCUUUCAGGAGGAAAUGGGAGCUGUGUCAGUUCCAACAGGCCAGGGCUACACUCCAGAGCCCUCUGACCAUGAGCGGCUCAAUGAUAUUGACUCCAAACUUCGCCAUUUUCUUCCCAAAGAAGAGUUCCUAUCAGUGCAAAGCUCAUACACCGAUAUUGGAAGGAUGUCUAAGGUAUGUAUUUAAUAGCACUGGCCUACAUUGCACCAAAAGGGGUUUUAAAAAAGUGUUUUAGACAGGAUCCAGGGCUGAUCUAAGAUGCACUCAUCUUGUGUUGCAUCACAAUACAAGAUCAGCAUGGCAGGGCAACGAUGGCAACAUGUUGUAAAACCUUUUGUUAUUGACCAUCAGGGAGACACACUCCUACUCGUAAGCUGGGGGAAAAUUCUGUUAUGUAAGCUGAAGUAAUUUGGAUCUGAGGGUUGCUUCACUUUCCAUCCCCCUUUUUUCCACGUUUCCAUAUGAAGGUCAUAAUCUAAAGCCUCUUGUGCCUGAUUUGCAGCUAGUAAACUUUAUGUAAGAAAUUAGCUUAGACUAUUGUUUCCUUAUUAAAAGAACUUCUAUGUUUCCAUAUGAGCCCUGGAUGAUAUAAAACAACAAACAUGUAGACAUUUGUCAUGUUAUCUUAUAAUCUUGAGUUGGUUCAUGGUACGUUUCAUGCAUCCUUUCUGUCAUACGAUUUUUUUUAUGUAUUUGUUUGUUGUGAUUCCUGGAAGUCUGUCUAUUCCAUGAACAGUCUGUAUUUAAUACAUUUUGGUCAAAGUUUUUACUGUAUUCUAAUACCCUCCCUUUAAAUGCUGUACAUGUCAAAGCUUACAAAGCGAUCCAUUCAUCAUAGCCACAUCAGACCACAUGCGACCGGCUUUACAAACACUUAUUACCGUAAAGUUUUUCCAGGCCUCGGUUUCUGAGUGUGUUUGGGUCCUCUCCUAGACGUGAGCUCAGUUAGACAUCUCAGGAGCUUAUCUCACUGCUUUUUAAAGGGCCAGAUGGCAUGCUCAUCAUUUGCGUAACCUGUCAGUGGAAAAUGAUGUUUUUGAAUGUCGUAAAAAUUUUACAAGAGUUUUGUGAAUCCGUGGUGCCAUUUUCUACUAUCACUACUGGAUGUAGAUAGGGAAAAACUGGAGUACCUGCAACGGAUUGUGAUCCGUGACAGAGCGCUCUGAGAGUUUAUGUCACUGGCAGAAUAAUUUGAAUUUCCUCUUGUAAAUGUCAUUGGUCAUUCAUCUUAUGUCAUAAGGAAAUGGCAAAAACCAUGCGUAACAUCAGAAGUUCUGAGGUCAUUUGUGUUUCGCUGUCUUGGUUUCAAAAAAGGAUUCUCAGAAUUAGAGCUGCCUAGGAUGACAGGUAGCUCUCAAAUCAAUAUUAGUUAUAGAUUAGCAGCAUAAUAAAAUAAUUUGCAAACUAAUUACAUAAAGUAUUGAGCAAACACAACUCCCGUCAAGAUUUCAUUUCAAAUCGCAUUACCACUGAGAGCUGAUUGGACCCAAACUGAUUUGUCUAUGACCAAUAAGUGAUAUUUGAGGAGUGUUUUGGAUGAAGAAAGAAUCCAGAUUUAAUGAACUAAGAAUGAAAAUAGUGGCACUAAUGCAGAACUCAUGCAAAAGUUUAAUACCAUCAUUGCUCAACAAAUGUGACUAUUGCCUUAUGUAAGGCUCUUUCAAAAUAAGGUGAUCCUCCCUUAUUGUCCUCCUGAGUGGAUUUCUGGCCAACAGUACUAAACUGUGAUAUAACUGGCCAGAUGAAUGUGUUACUUUAUGUAGCCUACUUGGUUUCUCAUCCCACCCCCUAAUCAUCCUGCCUAUUUGAGAGUUUUUAGGGAGAGUAAAACUCCCCAUCAUCCAUCAUCUGCUCUCCAUUAGUGCUGAAACAGCUAAUGCAGCCAUUUCUUUUAAAAUGAUGGAAAAUAUGAAUUAAACAAUGACAAAAAGACCUUUGUCUCUCAAGUAUUAGCAGAUGGUUCACCCAUGAGACUACUAAAAAUCACUGUAUUCGAGUGUUUUCAUGCAGUUUAUAUAUUAAAAAGGGAAAAGUUGGUGAAUGCCACACCUAUAGGCUGAAAAGUAGUCAUUUCCUCACUCUACCUUAACCCUGUCUCACUGUUGUGGCACACAUUAAAGAUAGACUGCCCCGACAAUAAAUCUCUUUCAGGACCAGUUAUUCAUUCCACAUAAGGGCCUGUAAAUCUUAGAGUUGGUCAUAAAAGUGAGUAUGCUUUUGUUUUGCGGUUAGCUUUCUUCUCGGUGGUAGCUUGCACCAGUCGUUUCUAACUGGAACCAUUUGGACAGCAAAGCAGGACCCUGCUUGUUCCGUUCAUUCCAAUUCAGUCUCUAAAAUACACAAACGAGAUCAUCAUAUCUGUGUUUCAACACCUCUUAAAACCGUGUUUUUUUCACCUCGAUACUCAAUCACAGCCUACGUUUCAACAUUUGCUUUUGUCUCUCGGUUUCUCUUGAUGUCAGAUUGAUCAUCUGUCAGGUUUCACAUGUGGGAGGGAGUUAUCCAGCUCUUCCCAGUGAGAACUGGCUUACAAAGAAGUAGUCAGGGCUUGAAGCUGUGACCUCAGAGCUUGGCGGCACCCUUUCCCAAUAAGUCAUGAUUGAUACUCUGAAAAAAAAAGCAGAUCUUGCAUUCUUGUUGGGACACCUGAGGAGUGGUUUAGCUAUAGGCGGGUUCUUCUCUAGAGCAUGGGUGUAACUUGUGAGGCCUGGCACUGUGAAUAUACUGCCGCAGAGGAGAAGCCCUCCCCUUCCUAACAGAGCACAGAGCUGGUGGAGGUAGAGGAACACCAGCUCAAAAAGAGGCUUUUCCUUUCAUCUGGAAUUAUCAACAAACGCAAGAAGCCUCAAUUCCUUUACAAUUAUGACCACUAUGCACUGGGCAUGGUGAACAGUCCUCUGUUUAUUGCAGCCAUUUUUCUCCAGAAAUGUGUUUUUUUUGUGUAAUAAAAUGUAGAUAACCCGUUUUUUCUACACUUUUUGUACAACACAUGAAUUCUUCGUUUAAAGUGUCAGACAUGGAUUUAAGUCUCUGAGUUUGGAGUUCGAGUGUUAGUGCCAGGUGGAAAAAUGACCUUCAUUAAGUUGUAUUGGCUGCGCAUAAGUUCAAACAUAGCUUAGUUAGAUUCUACUAUCACUGCAGGAGUUGCACCAGCUGAGAUAGUUCCAACAUAAGCACGAGUUACAACUCAAAUCUCUGAGUAGGUUUCAAGUCCUUUUUGAAAUUCCAUGUUGUUAUGAUGCAUUGUUUUGAGAGACAGGAUAACUGGGAGAAGAAGGGGAAGCAGGGGGUUUCAUGGGCUGUUUUGUGUUAGCCACAUGUCUUCCACAAAACAUCACAUCAAUUAAAAAUCUAUUAUGACUUUUAUCCGUCAUGUUGCUUUUGUUUUUCACAAGCCAAAAUAUUUUCAUUUGCACAGAAUAAGAGUGCAUGCAACCAUAUUAUGUUGCAAUUGCUGGUUUCACCAAUGGAUGCCACUGUCAUUUUAUGCUAACUGUAGAUUAUCACAUUUUUUCAAUGCUGUCAUAUUUUAUAAACCUUUAAACUGCUGUUAGUCGGCCUAACAAUGGUUACUUUCAGCUGUAAGUCUGUAAAACUCUAAAAAAUAACACUGCAUUGAGAAAGAACUUUCAGCUGAUUGGCUGGAAACAGUAUUGUUCAUCAUGAUACUGCAGCAGGAUUUUCCCGGACUGUGAUUCCUAUCAGUCAUGCAAACUUGUAAAAUAUCAAAUAUAGGGAAGAAGGGAGGUCAACUCCCUGACUUCAGUAUUUCAGGUCUACUUUCUUUCGAGUUGGAUGUUCUUUUUUCCUCACCUCUAGGCCAACCUACAUAUAUUUUUUAAGAACAGCGGUUUGAGUUCAAGUUUAACUUCUUAAUGAUGCAGAAAAGGCCCAAAUUCUUGCGUAACAAUUUACCGGAAUACAGGAAAUUAAGUGCUUGAUGCUCCAAUCUUUAACCUUCAUCCAAAAACGGCCACCAUAUGAGUCACAUGGAAAGUAUUGAUGAAAAAGAGCCUUGUUCCCUUUACCUCUGGCUCCCUUUUUGAUUAUAUUUGAUGCUAGGAAACAGGUCAAAGAGCUUCAAGCCUUACUUUAAUGAUCUGGAUUGAAUGGAAUUAAAACAUCUCUUUGAACUGUGUUUUUCUUGGAUGCUGCUGAUAUUGUUCUUGUGACAACAUUGCUCCUUUUGCAUUCCUCAUUCUCUCCCCUCUUCACAGCCUUCAGCUGAAACAGCCUCUCUGUCAUUAGAAACACGUGUGGGUAUAUGGGGUUGAUGUACAGUACACCCGUCCUACUGUACUGCUGUGUGGUAAUGCCUGCACCACCCACAGUUUAAAGCCAAGAAAGAAAGACUGUGUCAUGAGAAUUAGCUGCUGUUGGGUGUUUGGUGACAUGGGUGUGAGAGUAUUUGUGUGUGAUCAGAACUACAUGAGUGUGUAGUUCAUGUGUGUUUGUGUGUGUGGCUCCUCAGAGUGUGGUAGUGAUAAAAAUUAAUGAGUGUUAUCAUGGUUUUCAGUCCCUGUCCCAGUGUUGGAUCGCUUCAAAUCCCCUCUGUCGUCGUCAGGGCUUCAAAUCUUUCUUUGUUUGCUUAGUAACUCCAGCUGUAUUUUUGUUUGGAUCGGUUGGCUGUAUUUUGAUGUAGGACUAUGAGGUCACUGUGUGCGGUUCCUGAUGAGCACCCAUGAUUUUAACUAGUAAGUGUUAAGUGAGAGAGCAGAGUUUUGGGUGGAAAACGCCCUUUUGACCAACAUGAAGUGGUCAGCAGCUAGUUGACAAAUGGAUCCUAUUUGGUUUGGUCGUAUAAUUAGACAGCUGUGGGAAAGCUUCGGUCAUGUUGUAUUUAUCAUAACUAUAGGUUAGUUCCCUUUUUUACCAUCAAGAGUAAGCACGUCUUGGAUUCAUGUUAGAAAUCUGAUCAAUUGUAUUUAGCCUACCCAUAAAGUGUUUCUAUAAUAGUAAAUUGACUUAGAUUAUACUUUUUUUUGGCAAUCAGUGUGCUUUACACUACACUUUAAAUCAUCCUUCCAUAUAUCCAUUUAUUGAUAGCGCAGAUCCUCCCAUCAGGCUUUCAUUAACACAGUGAAGCGCACUUCAACUGGAGCAAAAACAAUGACCCAUUUGGACUGCAGGUGUUGGGGACUGGAUGGCCAACCUUUUUAUUAAAAGUAGGGCUUUGAAAGUAGGGCUGACAGUGUUCACAAGUAAGUAAUGAUGCAGUUAGAAGGGUUAGAGGGGAGGGGUCAAACCCACACGCUGUUUUUAGGGAUAGUAGGAAGGGUGUGUUCAUUCAAGGUAUUUUUAAUAUCAUGGGUGGAUGAAAUUGUUUUCGAAUUGCAAAUCUGAUUUAUUGACCUUGUCUAGUUGAUUUACCUCACAAAGAUUUAAAGUAAAAGCAGAAAAAUCCACAGGAAUAUGACACAUUUUAGAUAUUUUAUUGUCGGAAGUUAGACUAUAUUAAGUGGUGAUAGAAGGGGUAAAUAAUUUCUGUUCACCAUGCAUACAGAGAUACGUAUCUCAUGCCAUCGUUGCAAAAGUCAAUGCCACAGUUUGUCCACCUCCAAUCAAAAGACUGGCUCUGUCCUUGCCCAGAAGACUCAGUUGAAAGUCAAAAGAAAAAUGCACCUUGUGUCAAACUGGACAAAAAAAAAAAAACACUUGGUGGAGGUUUGGUCAACUCAAUCAAGUUGUACAUGUUAUCAGCAUUUGUCUCUGUAUCAGAAAGAGACCAGAAAUUGAACAAAAAAGGCUAAGCAAUAUAAUGAAACAGCAAUUUUCCCUUUACUUUAAGUGGCAUCUUCACAAAAGCAGCAACUGUCCUCUGUUGAAUAGACGUUGAAAGCCUAUACUCAAUGGACUCAUUUUCCAGCUCCAGUAGUUGGGUACCUGUUGGCUUGUUUUUAUUUUAUUUUGAAGAGCCGUCAGAACAAAUGAAUCUGGGCACUCCGGCCAAUCAGAAAAAAAAAAAAAAAAACGUUCGUAAUAUAGCAGUAAAUUAACAGCCCAGUUCCAAAAAUCAAAUGAAAACUGCUUUGCUUUAUUUUAUCACACAGAGGUUCAGCAUGACAUGAUUUAGUUACCUACUUACCCUUUUUUCAUAAUUUUCUGGUUUGUUGAAUACUUACACAAUAACAGACCCAAAGUGUUCCACAUCAGUGGCAACCAUCUUGGCUCUAAUGCCUCAACGACCCUAAAACCUGCCCCAUAUUAGAUAAACGAAUAUGAGUGCCCUGACCUGAAUCAGGCCAGAUGGAAAGCUGAUCGACCAGGAGACAGAUCAGACGCAUCUGCUGGAGCGAAUGAAACAUGAACUCACGGAUUUGUCCUGUUUCCAGACUACAAUGUUCUUGUCCCUUUUUGAAAUAUUGAAAGUAUGCUAAUUCACAACAGGAUAGGAUGUGACUUAGUUUUGUUUCUCACUGGUGCCAGGAGUUUGAAUGAAUACAGAUCUCUGCCCCCAUUCGAGCGGUAACUAGAUGUGUCUCCAAUGGAGUAUUAACACGAGAGGUAGAGAUUUAUUUACAUUUCUAUAGUGAUUGUGCACUAACAUGAAAACUUUAAGAUCAUCUCUUCUGCCUUUGUGGCUGACAGAUCCUGCAGGAGUCCUUAUCUACAGAUUUGCAAUGAGAACUGAGAUGUCAGGUUUGAUAUGUGGCAUGCUUGGUGUUUUCACAUGGUUUACUUGGCAAAAAAGAAUAAACUCCACACCCUUCCCCACCCUAUAAUUGCCAUGGGACCCAGUUUAUUGUCUUCUUAUAAACGCCUCUCCCUAUGGUGUUAUCCACAGCAGCAGGAGUUGUGUUAAGUGGUUUGGGGAGGUUUUUCCCUGCUUUGGAUGAGAUCUGACUUUUGACUUUUCCACUCAUUUUGACACUUCUCAGAGGAUUAUUCAUCUGCUCUUGAUUAAAAAAAGCCUAAAUACUCUCUUGCUCUUUCUCCAUGAUCCAAAGAACAUCUUACUAUUACAGUUUAAAAACUCACCUUUGCCUCUGGCAGGUUAACCAAAAAUUAGGUUGAGUUAGCAUUGGCAAUAUGGCAAUAAACAACCAAUAUGAAGACAAAUAGGUGCCGUCUUUGAUACGAUGUCAAUCAUACAGUCUAUGUGUUAUGCUAUUUAGGGCAAUGGAAAGAGGUGAUUGGACAAAACCCUUGAGGGAUAGUGCAAACCAUAGACUGUAUUUACUAUGGGCAGCUUGGUUCCGCCUGCCGCCAUACGAAUUUGAAGCCAAAAAGCUCUCUGUAUUUCCGGGUUUUUUCUUCAUAUCCUGAAACCAACAUUGCGCAGUAGCACUGUAUGCAUUUGGCGGGAGAGUCACAGAGAGUGACAAUUGGCUCAAACAGCAUAUCCCCCGGGUGAACUACGCAAUCCUUAAACGCCAAUAGGCUGUAUCAGGUGUCAAUCAUAGAAAACAUGAACCCCUAAAAACUUUUUAAAAUGGAGCUGUACAGAGAAAAGAGGACUUGAGCACAAACCAGUCUUACAAUAACUACAUGUCAACAUCACAAGCAGGGGGGAGAAAAAAUUAUGUCCUGUGUAAUAAAUUUCUAAAAUUUGUCCACAGCUCCAUAAGCUUUGCUGGCGGAGGCGGGAUUUAUGACCUAUACUGCAGCCCGUCACCAGAGGGUGCUGUUCCUCGGAGUGGCUUCAUCCAGCCAGGAGGCAGACGCUGUCCAUUCUAUAUGCAGUCUAUGGUGCAAACUGAUUGGUUUACUUUAUAGUUCAAGGGGGCCAAUUUGAACAAACAAACAAACAAACAAACAGACAAACAGACAAACAACAAAAAACUGACAAAAGAAAGUUAAAUAUGUGUUCUUAGUCAGGUGAUUUUCAAGAGUACAUGCUGUGUCCCAUUUCAGGGACUACAAAAAACACUUCAAUAUUUAAAAUUAUCUUAAAAUGGUAGAAAAGAUAAUAAAGUUAUUUGAUGUUACCAAUGUUAGUUAGCUACCUGUAGUUAACUAAUUGUCCUAUUUCAGCUCAGUGAGGGUGAUCUAAUGCAGACUAAAAAGAAAAACAACAAUAUUCCGAAUUUCCCCACAGGGAUACAUAAAGUUCUUCUUAUCUUAUUAAAUUGGCCAUGUCAUCAUAUUAAUGCUAAAAAUAUAAACAGGUCAUGUUAAAAAGCUGAGAUACAAGAAACUUGAAAUACUUGCGCUUUAUCUCACUGAUUACAGCUCCAUUUGUGUUAAAAAAAUAAAAAGUUAGGCUAAUCAGUUUGUAAACACUUAAAAAGUUCAUAGAGUUAUAUCUGGUUUGUUUAAUCCAUACCGGAAACUGUUAAAGUGGAACCACAAGUUGUGGUUGCGGACACACCAAAGCUAACUGUUAUCCAGACACCCAUUCUGUGUACUCACUGAUGGUGCUCACAGCCUUGUCCUGUCUCUCACUGCUGACAAAGUACCACCUCAUUGUAAACCUUUCAGCAGCUCAAAUCUAGGUCAGAUACGGAGCCUGACAAUACACAGCAGCAUGUGUCAGAGGGGGACAAGAAGUGCAAAAAGAUGCUUGGAUGUAUUUUCUCUCCAGAUGCUUUAUAUAAAUAUCUCAACGGUCUGCUUUUAAGCUCUUUGCUUGGAUACAUUUUGCGUGUGUCAUACUUUGGCAAACGUAAAAUCACCCUAUAGUAGCAACUUGAUGCUUGUUGGAAGGUCUCCCUAAACCCCAGUUAAAGCUGUACACUGUGUGGUUUGUACGGUGGUCUGGGGAUAUCACAAGUCAAGAUCAUCUUCCAUAACAAGCGCAGUAAAAGCCUCUGAUGAAGCAUAUGUCAGCCUCUGAUCGCUGGUUGAAUUAUGCAGAGAUACUUAAGACACACAGGUGGUGUGAACACUUUGACCCACUAUCACUCUAAACAUGCGUCUUUGAUUGUCAGAGAUAGCAGGAGGUUUUGAUCUACUCAAUCGUGAUUGCUCCAGACCACCCUCUUAUUUUGAGAGAAAAAAUAGCGUGUUUUAAGUCCAGAUGACCUAGAAGUAAAUCUUCUAAUACUAAAGGAAUGCUUUGGCAAUCAUGUAGUCAUUUACUCCUCAAUCCAACUUGGAUAAAAACAAAUGUCAUAUCUGGGACAUUUGAAAGAGUGAUGUGCAAACAGUGACGUAGCCUCUACUGGUGUCAUAUUAGAUUGAUAUUUGCUCUAGUUUUGCAGGGAAUGAGGUUAAAGAAAUAAUGGGGCUAUGAAGUAGAGUCUACCUUCAAGCCUAAUCAAAAAUGUAUGUUUGCAUUACCUGCCUUCAGUUUCAGCUCGCCUAAGGUGGAUUUUUAAUGUGCAGGGCAGGCGCCUGAAUUAUAGCACCUUCUUCCUCAUAAAAGUGAUACAUAAGAGCAGGUCAAAGCUGGGCAAAAUGUCAGACUGAGAGACAGAGAAUGAAAUACAAGAAAUUGAGGGAAAGCUUCCAGCCACACAGCUUACCCCUGAGCUCUCUCAGGGAGUGCUCGUGGCAAGGCAUGUGGACGGGCCUUGGCGGGUAGCCUGGGUCCACGUGGCACAGCUAGAGCUUGUACUACGCUUCUGCUGAGGGACAGAGGCAGAGAGAAACAGAAAGUGAAGAGAGAGGGAAGUGCUGUUCCCUCUCUGAACACCACAGCUCUCCCAGGGUGAGUCAGCAUUGUUGGCUCCCUUUUAUCAAACAACACUGUCCCUUUGGAAUGUGAGGCAAAGGGUUGUUUUUAAAAAGUGUUGUCUGCAAACUCAGGGGAGACACUUAUCCUUUGAUUGAAAUCAGGUUCUGGUGAUGUAGACUGUCAAAUUGUAUUACAGAGUGGCGCUAAGAUGCCGACAACCAGGUGCAUCUUUUCAGUCUGUGUCUGCCGCUAAUAGAGUUCAUUUACAAGGCAUUGCACGUUUCUUUGCCACAAACAACAAAUUCACAAUUUUCUGUGAUAAUAUAUGAUAAAAAGAUAUGGAUAAUUGUGCUCCUAUUGUAUUGGACUGUAUUUAAUUACCCAAUAAACUGGAAGAGGAACACAACACACUGUUUUCAUUAUUGUGUAGCCUGUUUUUAACAACAGAGUGACUCAAUCUGGCCUACUUAUAGUUUUGAUAUUACAAAGGCCUCCUGAUUUAAAGCCAGUGAACAGUUUUGUGGCUACUUCAUGCUGAAACAAACUGCUGUUUAAAAUGUUGGCCAGCGUCCACAUCACAUAAGUGUUUUUCAAGGAAAAGUCCAUUGACAACUUUUUCCCUAAGUUUGAUUUGUUUGUUUCAUCCUUGCAAAAAUGCCCAGAAGUCCUCAUUUAGCUUCUCGUGACGACAGCUUCUUCAACCAUUUUUUGUUUUAGCUGAUUUAGAUCAUAUAUACAGAAUGGUCUCAGCAUGACGCUUCCUUGGAUUAGUUAGCUGUCUUUGUGAAUGUUGUCCUUGAUUAGCUUGUCAAGUGGAUGUGAAAAAGGUCAUUCAAGCUCCUUCAACUGUUUUUUUUUCUGGCUUUAGACAUUCAGUGAGACUCAUGUAGUGCAUGAAGGCAAACAGUGGGCUGCACAGCAGGAUACAGGAGACCUUAAAACUAAUAACAACCCAGUAUUUUUGCCUUGCUUUGUUGCUGUUUGGAGUUGUUUCUGUGAAUGCAUCUGCAUGAGAGGAUCCAGCUGUUAUAUUUGGCAAAUCCAACCAUAGAUGUAAUUCAGAGCAGGAGCCCCAGGCUAACAAUCUCAAUGACUCCCUCCACCAUCGAACUAAACUGUACAGGAUGAUUGACGUAAUUUAAUUUAAUGUACAUGUCAUGACAUGAAGCUCAUGAUAUGGCACGCUCAUUGUGGUUGGAAUUUGGACGUACAUAAUUUGUUUUUCAUCACAAACAUAAACGAGGCUCCGUAGUUUUUCCUGUUUUGUCAUUUUGGACACAAGCGGAAACUCUGCAGAUGUUUCUCACUAAAACAUCAUGACAACUUCAGGAUGGAAUGCGUUGCUUUUAUUUGAAACCGUUAAACUGAUCAUCAAUGACCGCUAAAAUGCAUGUUUGCUUCAAGUUAUCUGAGAGUCAGACUAAUUAGCUACUAAUAAUGGUUUUGCUCCUGGGAGUAGCAAAUAAUGUUUCACAUUGUGAGAACACAAAACAAGCCACAGGGUAAAACAAGGACAGCUCUUUAGGAGAUGCCAUAUCACACACGAAUAAGCUUUUCCUUUUUUAAUACUCUUGACUCUGUAUUCAGAGAGCACCUGGCACUCAAUGUCAAAUGUAUAUAUAUAUAUAUGAAUGAAACGCUGCACUUUAUAUUAACUUAUGACACUAAUGCGGCUUUAAAUUCCCAGGCACCCAUUUGAUGUGUCAUCAAUACGCUGACAUACUUUCCUCCAGAAAGGUAAUUAUGUUUGACAUGUUCUCCAGACUUUAAGAAAACAGACUCUGGAUCCUCGUGGCCUCCCAGCGGUCUUGUGACCCAGAUAGGUGAUGUGAUUAUUGGACAUGUUCACCAGGAUGUCAAGUGGCUACUCUUAGGAGAGACAAUUACCAGCAUUUUGCUGAUGUUUAGAUAAACUGUCUCUCUCUCUCUCUCUCCUAUAUGCUCCAUUUAUCCUUACAUAGACUUCAAGCCGACACACAUUCUUGAAACCAAAGCAUAAAUGGGGUAAAUGUACAAGAACAAAUAUAGGAGCCAAUUAUGGACAAGUAACACCAUGCAUCUCUCCAAGUGAUGAAUCAUAAUUUCACAUGAACAAUAGACUGAUCUUGUGUUUAUCUUUCACCAGUACAUUGGCGAAAGGUUCGAACAUGCUGAACUUAAAUAUUAUAACAGUUUAAUCAAUCAUAUGUGUAGAAACAUUGGGGCAAAUGAUGCAAAUGAGAAGUAACAGGCUACUGAGUCUUUUAUGAAUUAGGAACUGAACUGUGUCAGUUUGACUCGUAUGUCCUCAUAAAACUUUCAGAUCUCACAAACAGCUCUGUAUUUCAUUUCAUGUGUUACAGCAGAUUAGCUUCACAAAACACCAGUGGGAUUCAGUUAGCUCUUGUUUUUUUUUAGCUAUUGUGUUAACUUCAAAACAACUAACUUGGCCAUGGCACAUUUGUUUUUAGAAACACUCAUGGUGCGCAGUAACUGCAUCCUUUUACGCAUCAGUGGCAGGUUUAGAUUGGCCUUCCUAUAGAAAACCUCCAUAAAUUCUACUCCUUUUUUAUUUUUUCCAAACACUAAACACUUUUUAGAUAUGAUUUCUUCUUUGCAUUGUACAGUUUUAACCUACAUUUGCGGAUGCAUAGACACAAUUUGUUUAUUUUGAGCCUAUGCAGUUCUUUCUAUUACAGAGCCAAGUCUGUUUUUAAUGCUGUUCAACCUACAGACUACCGACUUUUAUCUUGUUGUUUUAUUCCACUCUUUUUAUCUGUUAAGUGACCUUAAGUGUUUAGAAAGGUGCUUAUAAAUAAAAUUUAUUAUUAUUAUUAUUAUUAUUAUUAUUAUUAUUAUUAUUAUUAUUAUUAUUAUCAAAGAUCAUGGCCUUCCAUUAUUGGUUUUUGGCCAUGCCUCUUGUGUAUAGAGAUAUCAUCAGAGUCUCUAAAUCCUCAAAUUAUUUGAAAUUUUAUAAAUGGUUUACAAACCAUUAAAUUAGGUUUUUAUUGAGGUGGAAUUGGGUUGCACUUUGUUUGAUGUGAUGACACUGAAUAACAAAUUAGCAUAUGGCGAAUUCCAUAGCUAUUUUAACUUUAACAUGUGCAUGUAUGCAGAAACAAAACAAAAAUAGUAAAAUGACCCGGCUUCUGUGUUAAAUUUUCCUUUUUUUUGAAGGACUAAGCUGUUGAUCACUGUUGUAAAGGAAAAUAGUAGUCCCAGUCAAAGAUACAGUAAUAGGGUGACAAAAGCAGGAAAAAUGGUUUAAUUCAGUUAAUUCAGUGAACCUGUAUAGUUUUAUGACAAAGCUUUGGGCUCUCCUCAGCUCUCACCAGAAUUCAUUGGGUGUUAAUUUAACCGCACACAAAAAAUUCAGUGUGAAAAUCCGUGACACACACGCCAAUUAAUUUAAACUCUGCUGAGUGAAAGCUUUAUCACCGUUUAUCCCUGCGGACAGUUUUUUAGGUUUCAGUGUACAGUUUUUGAAAAGUAGGGCAGCUGUCAUUUCCAAAUUAAACAAACGGUUCUCCUGGAGAUUUAGGCUCUUUUGGAAACAUGCAUUUAGUGGUGUUAGGAUAGUAGUAAAGCUACACUUUAAUUUUUAUUUUUCCCUGGUUGGGAUGCAGUGUUUCUCACUUUGGCGCAUGACUGGAGUCUAAUCCCGUCGUGGUCCUGACUUUUGUAGUCUGAAUGAGACAGUCUUAACUGAAGGGCUCUGGUGAGGACCACUUAAAAGAGGCUUCAGAGAGAAGCUGUCAUUAUUUCCCUAUAGGGAGGGCACAGUUAGGUAAAGCCACACACACACAUUGGAACAGAAAACUCCUGUUUUCGCCAAUGUUCAAAUGUUAGGUCACAGUGCCUAAUGUAUGUAAAUGCAAUAUGUAAUUACGGUUGAGUAAGCAUGUCUCCUUUGCUUAUUAGCCAGGAAAGAGGCUUCUCUUCCCCCUCUCUCUUCCUCUCCCAGGUUUAACUAAGUUUACAUCCUAUCAUAAAUGUGUCAAAAAAGACUUUGUAACUCAGUGUUGAACUUCAUUUUUCUGCCUGAUCCCCCUGUCUCCUGAAACCUACCAUUUCGCUGUACGCUUGUCCCUUUCUGGAUGUCAACAUUUUAUGAAAUAUCCAUCAAUUUCAACAAUAUUAGAUCAUACAUAAGCCCUUCUGGCAACCAGACUAACCAAGAAAGAUGGAGAUUUCAACCGCACAACGCUGGACUGACACUCUAAAACAGCCUUGUGGUUGGCAACAUCCUCUCCCAGACCAAACUGUUUUUCAGCCUGGCUGCUGCUUUUUUGUGUGUGUUUUUUUUACAGUAAGAGUUAAAUAUGGCCCCACCACAGGUCACUUACUGGUCAGCCUCUACAUGGUUCUUCAUUUUGCCAUUUUUAUCCAUCUUUUUUUUGGAAAAUUGUAAGUGUGGGAUGGUUGAAAAUGGAUAAUUACAGUUUGAAAUUGGCCAAAACUUUAAAGUUUUUUUUGUUUUUUUUUGUUUCAGUUUACAGUUUUUCUACAGUUUGCUUUGCUACUUUUGCACUAACAAAACCUCUACUGUAGCUCAGCAUUUUAGUGCUGGUGACGUAUUUCAAAGACCUCUUUAAAACAACGAAUUACAUAACUUGCAUUUAUCACAAUCUAUGAACCUGUAUCUGGCAACAACAAUAGAUAAGCAGUCUGUAGAUGUUCCUCAGGGCAUGACUCUCCCUUCCUUCUGACCACUUGGUUCAGUAUGUGGAGCUGAUGCACAUGGCUGUCAUUAGUGCACUGACCCCAUUCAGACCCUGGUUAAGAAACCGGGUCCUUUAAAACUUACCUGAUUGCACUUUUUCCUCUCUGUAAAAAGACAGACAGAACAUUUGGCAUUGACCACCACAUCUUUCAGAUACCAAAAUGAUGACAAUAAAAGUGAUAAGCACACUGUGACUGCAGAAUCAUGAAGGAAUGGAAACAUUUCUCUCAAAUGAUGAGCUGUUUUAUGGUCUUGAUCCUUUUAUUUUAAUGUUUCCGAGUGACGGCCAAUAAGCUAGCAGAGCACCCAAGCUGGUCCACAUGUGAGAUGAGUCUCUUGCUCCCUUGUGUCUGUUGUGUAUCAGGACUGUGGCUCACAGGUUGGCUGGAUGUGUGAUGGGGACCAGCAGUCAGGAGGGAAGGUCCUGCAGGAUAUAAAGGAGAGGAGAGGGCAGGAGAGGCGACUUCAGGAGAUCGAUCAGCAGCUGGAGCUCCUGGGUCUAAGCCAGGAGAUGACUGUGAGUUCAAAGCUAUGUUCAUUCACACACAGACACACACACACACACACACUCAUAACAAAACAUAUGCUCAGACUCACAUGAGACUUACAUCCACACACUGUCUGUGUUGUGCUUCAUAAUACUCCUCAGCACUUCUAUCCAUGGACACGUGUGUGACAAAUUAUUACAUGCAUAGAGCUCAUCCUCAGGCCAGUCUCACAGGGGGUGAUGGAGUCUGAUGCAGUCUUCGUGUCUCUGCAGGCCCAUAUUUCCUCCUCUUUGUCAAAGUUUCCCUCUCUUUCCCUCCAAAGCACACACUGAUUCUAAAAUGUGCAGUUUUGUGUAAAUUCAAUAUUUCGAUUUAUUUUGUACCGAGUGCUUUUUAAGUAGUUCACUGGUUUGAUUUCAUGGAAAGGGUGGUUGUUCACCCCACUGAUACCCUUUUGUCCUCUGGCGUGUUUCAUUGCUUUCUGGCAUUCUUCACUCCGACUCGAUCUUCGUGUCCACAGUGUUCCCUAGAAACCUUUGAGCCCUGUCUGCCUUUAGGAGCCUCAGUAGAGUUACAGCCACAAAACUGUCACUCUCUCCCCAAACCCUGUAGCUACAGACCCAACAGAAGAAUGCCCACAGAACAAAGGUGGGCCGCUUUGAUUUCUGCUUCCACUGACAUUUAUGACCUUAAAUUUUGUGAGAAAGGAAUAGAAAAACAUUCAAGAUAAUACACUGUUUUUUUUCACUUUGUCAUUGCUCAAGUGGAUAGCUUCUCACAGUCUUGCAUAACACACUACUUUAUCUCUCCCUCACCGCGAUGCUGUUAAUGCGAUACAAAAGUCUUCAUCGGCACGUCAGUUCUUGAUGUAUACAUGCUCCGUUUAAACAUGAAAGGUCGGCUUUUUUUUCCAACAUAAAGUGAAGUGGUAAAAACAGUAUGCGGCAGCUGACAACCACACCCGUACUUCAAACAAAGCCCCAUGUCAUGCAACCCAAACCUAUUCUUAGCUUAAUUAAGGAGACACAAUUAGAAUUUUUUUGCUAAUGAAGCCACUCUCCAUUUUAGGAAACUGUUCUCUCAUUAUGAUCGCCAAACAUCAAAACCACCACACUCUUAACUACUACUGUUGUGAGACACUCUUCGCAUUUAGCUCUGUGUCAGAGCAUUUUAUAUAUGGUGACUAAAUGAUUGAACCCAGCGAGUGGUUGCAAUGUAAACACCACACUCACUGUGUGUAUUCUUAGUGCCACUGGGCUUGUUUUGUGGUUUGCAGAGAUUUAUUUGUAUGGAAUUUGUCUGGGAGGGCAUUCUUAAACAGCUUCACACAGCUCCAGUCAACUCAUAAAGUUGAUUUAUAUCACAUCCGCAGCUCAAUUCUCUUCUCAUAGUCUUUCUACACCUGAAGCGUAGACUGACUCUGCAGGAUUUCUGCAUAGUUUGGUGUUAAGUGCAAAUUAGUUAAGGAGAUAUCAGAUUAUGAAAAAAAACUGUAUUUAUAAGACACUUUCUGUAGUGUUCUGACCACUCCAAGUGCUUUUACAUCACGUCACAUGUCACAGUUACUAAUUUAGGGAUAUUAAUACACUGGUGUCAGAGGCUGCAAAACAUCCAUCAGUAUUAGGUUAACUAAUUUACAGCCACCAGGGGCAGUUUAAAGGAUUUAUUAAGUUUCUUGCUCAAGGACACUUCAGCACGUUGACAGUGAGACUUGAGAUCGAAUCAAAAGGGGGAACAGCUGGUCUUGCUCUCUCUCAGACUCAGAAAUAUGUUAAACAUCCACGCCACCUGACACAUUGUAUAGAGAUGGGAAAUUAAGACCAUGGUUUGUGGUUCAUCUUAGGUGAGCGACACGCCGUAACUGUUUCAGCCUCUUUCACACAUGCUCCCCUGAAAUUUUCUAGAUAUGUUUAGUUACUUUGCUUUCCAAAAUGCCCAAAGUGUGUGAAGUCUUCCACCAUGAAUGCAGAUAAAGUAGCAGAGACCUGUGCUAUAAUGAUUGCUUUUACAUUAUUACCACUAUUACUUGCGCGCAGACUGAUGUGUAGACAUUUUUGCUGUCCCAUUCUUAAACAGGAUUUGACCUUACAUGUUGAUAUCCAUCCCUUUUUUUGUGUUUGCACUUGUUGCAUUAAUCUCCCCCCAACUCACUUACUUAUUCAAUAAAGUUUUCCAAAUACUACCUGCUACAUUCUCAAAUCUUUUCAGCCCAGCCUCACAAGGAUAUUUUACUAGGGGGCUGAUGGGAAAAGCCUGGAUGAAAAUUUAGGUUAACUCUACUUAUGCUGCCUGAAACUUUUCUGAAGUUUUCAGGAGUUUUGUUCCUGGGUGAAUGCAUCUUUGGAAAGCGGCAUGUGAUUUGUCUGCCCAGCUUUUCUCAGCAACAUCUCAACCAUAUGUUUACACAGUAAUAGUGCUGAGGACACUUUGUGAUCAAUGCUUCUGGCUUUGUUUCUGCUAAUGCAUGUACAAGAUGGAGUUUUCAUACAUCUCCUGUAUGUCUGUACAGGUUUUCAGGGAUAGUUCAGUCUUGUUAAAGUCAACACUAGAGGUUUGGAAGUAGCUUAAAGUUCACUGUUUCUCUAAGCUGAAGGAGUUACUCUAUGUAUCCUGAAUUCCAGAUAAAGCUAGCAACAGAGUUCAGCAUUUUAUGAGUUAGUGUUGAAAAGCGCUCCACUGGGUAGCAGUGUCUCUAAAGAAAAGCUGCCAGGACUGAUUGGAUAUAAAUGUUCUGUUUAGGAAGUAUGCUAAUCAAUGUGUAGUCCAGAGAAUGAGGCAAAGGUUAGUGUCAGUGGGUUAUGGCAGCAGUGACUAAAAAUUUUCUGCUCCACUUCGGUUUGAUUGAGUAAGUGUGUGAUGAUAGGAGCUGAAGUGUUUGCAUAGAGAUCUACCUGGUUUACCCUUUUGCAGUGAUUUAUUUUAACAAAAGCUCUGCCUUGUUGGACUCAGAUCUGAAACCUGUGGUGUUGUGCGUCAUUUCUGCUCUACUUUCUUAUAAUUUAAACAACACCUUGUUCCAGUGAAAUUUAUCUCUAUUGCCAAAGAAACACCUUUCACCUAUGAAUUUCCAAAAUGUGUUGGCUGUAACAAAGAGAGGUCAGCAUGCUCUCUGAAUGAUUUAUUUAUUUAGAGAUACAGUGAAAAGAAGAGGAGAUGACACGAUUCCUGUCACACUUUUUUUUUUUCAACUGUCAAAUCUAAAGCGAGGACACUCAGCAGCUUACUUUCCUGAAACCUCAUUUGGCUUUACUCCAAAAACAAUAGCAAAAGGAAGAACAUCUACAGAUCCAGCAGGGCAGCUUCAGUCCAAUCAGACAGACAUUGUUUAUCAAAGAGACAUUUACAGGUUAGCAAGAAUUUCCAAAUUCACUUUAACACAAGAGUUAGGGUCACAAGAAAAGUGGAGCCAUCACCCUCCUCUGCUUCAUUCCACCCCUGGCUACUGGCUGUUAGCCUUUGGCGUGUCACGCUGUCUGCUCUUGUUUUCCCUCUUUAUGAUCUCAUGAAAUAGAGACGAUUCAACAAAAAGAGUCCCCUACAAUCGUCUCUGUUUCUCCUCUGCUACUGCUUUCAAUCAGUGGCAGAGAAUUACAAGUACUUCUGCUCUGUGCCAUCAAUGAUUGUCUUAUAAAGACGUGGUAUUUGUGGUAUGUUAGUGGUAAUCACAGACCAGUCUUUUCACAUAAGAUUAUGUUCCCAGUGAAAUAAGGACAUUGUAUAGUCUGUCUAUGCAGUUCAAAUUGUAGAGGUAGAAAAUGUGAAUGAUAAAAAAUAACUGAGCCAAUGUUUAAUACUCCCAAGUCCUGAAAAACAGCUUUGCCCUCAAAUCUGAGGACAUUUUUAUUAAGGUUAGUAAUAUCAGUUUCCUAUAAGGUCUGAGUCUGUGAAACACUUUGGACAUCGUAUAUUUAACAUUCAACUCUUGAAAUAUCUCUUGAGGGUUAUAAACAAGAAACUAUAGGAUUGUGCAAUAUAUGCACUGGAAUUAGCUUACUUUUUACAUUUAAAGAUACAGUGAGUUUUAAUCAGAAUAGCAAGUCAUAUCCAGCAGUUAAACAACACAGCAGGUGGCAGCAUCUCUGUGGGACUUCAUGAGCUUUUUGACUAUAAACCCUAAGGGAAUAGUCUUCACUCCUUUCACUGAAGCUUCCUUUCACUCUUCCUUUUCCACUUUAACUCAGAGGACAAAUCAAGAUCAAGGACAGAUUCAACACUGAAUUAGCCAAGUUUGCAAACCUAAGCUAGGCUCUAACCUGAGAUCCUGCUUCAUCACUUGAGCUUAACAUGUAGGUCUGAUUAUUGCUCAGUCACAUCAACCUGAACUUGAACUUAGAUGCACAUCAACAUUAUUUUUUUUUAUUAAAGGUAUGCGUGCAAGAAGCCAUGCAUGAAAUGACGGGGUAAACUGAGGAGAUUGGGAUUCAGCCAGGUGUCACUGAUAUUUACAAAGUAGCACAGAGUCUCCCUGGGGCAAAUGAUCUAUAUUACCUUCAUUAUUUGACAUUUGACAAAUAUGAUUUUUUUCCCUUUGACCUCAACGCUUCACAGUGAUGUGAAGGAAAAAAUGAUAUGAUGGUUUGGCUUCAACAUUUAAAGAAGAGCACUUAAAGAGUAAUAAAGAGAAUUCCUUUAUGUAUCAGAGGACAACUGGCCCCUGGGUCUGUGGCUGAUAAAGCUGAGGUAUGUGUCUGAAGUCAGUGACUUUGAAAGCUGAGCAGCCCACACUUUUGGUAAGCAGGUCCUGCUCCCUGUGUGUACAGGAGCCAACAGUAGGCUGAGCAGAGGUGGUGGUCCUCUGCAGGGCAGAAAGCUGGAGGGCUACACAGUUCACGCUUUGUCUGAUUGAUCUGUAGGUGGGGAAAUGAUACCAGCUAGUGACCAUGAGUUGGGGGUUUAAACACCCUGUCAUUGUUUUUAAGUAAGGAACAUGAGUUGCCUGUCCGGAGGGCAAAAAACACAAGGAUCUGAUGGUCACGGUUGGCACUAUUCAAAUCCACAAGGAGAGUGAGCACCAUGACAAAUGAUGGAGCAUUGUGGCUGUGGGAUUGCACUUAAAAGAGCUGUUAAACAGGACACUGACAGAGAGUUUGCUUCUGCAGGCCAGACUGAGACAGAAACAGUGACCCUGUUGGUUGUGAUCACAAGUUAAGGAGCAAAUAAAUGUGCUUAUCUGACAGUAACACCCGAUAAUGAAUACAGACCUUCAUCACUGUGCUUCAGGCUUGCCUCAUCAUUUUUAGGACCAUUCAUUCGUGUCACAAUCUAUAAUUUUCUAAUUAUCAGUCAGGUUCAUGAGCAACCAUUUAAAGUGCGUUCUUCAACGGUGCAUUGCUGUGUGAAUAAAUGGCUGAAAAAGACUGUCAUGACAGCAGGGAAAGAAUCUGCAGGUUAAGGAGAGAGGCUCUAAAUGUAGCAGUGAUUGACUGCUUGUGAACAAAGACAUCAUUGAACAGAACCCUGCAUUUGAAUGUAUGUUCUCCUAAUCAAAAGGUGUGCCUGUCUCUUUUUUUGUAAUUCUAUCCUUAAAUUGUGAAGUCAAGUGAAUGUCUUUCCAUAGACCUGUCUAAAGCCCUAAUUUUGUCAGUGGUAAGUGGGUCCAUAGAUUUUCCACUUCCAGCUUGUAUUUCACAUGGGUAUGCUAGAGGAUGUAUGUCUGGGUGAAACUCCAAAACCUGCCUUAUGUGUUGUUGCUUAUACAGCUGCAAACGUCUUCUGGGCACUGAUCUUCAAAAAGACUUCUUUAAGGAAAAAAAAGACAUCUCAGAAAAUGCAUGUAAAACUGCACAUGGCAGCUGAAAAAAAAAAAAAAGCUUGUCCGGUUAUGACCAAAGUUCUCUCUCUUCCCACCCUUUUCAGACUGAUAAAAAGGUUAUGUUUAUGCACCUUAAACUAGGCUGACAUUGUUGGUCCUAUCUCACUGAUAACCCCAACAGAGGAAAGGAAGUCUCUGGAACCACCUCAGUCAAUCAUAACAUGCGUUUUCUUUGGAGGGCUUUUGCUGUAUUCACCCGGGUUUACUGAAAUAAAAGUGGUGUCUGGUAGCCCGGGACUGUUAGACCUAAAUUAGAUGUAACACUUAAGUUUAACUGGCAUAGACAGUCAGACAGGAAAACACAGAUCAGUCACCCACAGACACCCUUGGCCUCUCUAGUAUUAAGAGCACCUGAGGUCAAGCAGGUUUAAAGAGCUGCAGCAUUUUGUCACAGCAGUAAAAACACUCUUUCAUUCUUCCAUCUCUGUUCUCUCCUCUCAGUAGGAAAGUCUGAGUUGUUUCUAUCCAGUCAGCCGGGGCCCUUUUUAUUGUUCUAUUCAUGAACACUGACACUCUGUCAUGCCUGUAAUUGACUAGUGACUUUUUUUUGCUAUCCCUCUCAAAUUGCAGUUAUGGCUCACUUACUGUAUAAUGGGGCACAUUUAUGGUGAAGUUGUUAUACAGCAAAUGGGAUCUCCCUUUCCGCUUUUAAAACUCAGUGUAGAAUAAACAUGGGAGGGAAGCUAACCAUGCGUAUGACAACAUGCAUCUGCGAAAAUGCACACUUACCACACACAUGCACUUUAUCCCCUUCUCUACUUUUAGAAAACCAUUAAAAGGUGAAGGUCAAGUCCAUAGCCAAAGGCCAGAUCUUGCUACAAGCAUGUCAAAGGACAAAAACAUGCAGCGCUGCAGGGGGUGUCUAGGCUGGAAUGUGUCCCUGCUGCCUGUGGUCUCCUAUCCAUUGGUAGGAGAUGAUGAGCAGCUUUUGGGUAAUUGCGGGGGUCAUAAAUGAAUAACACAGUCCAACCCACCGUGACCUAGAGGGUGUCAUUACAUUCUAGAGGACUUUGAACGUGGACAGGAUUGUCUGGUGGAGAUCUAUAUCAGCAACUGGGUCCUGGUGAGGGGCUGGGGGAUUUCAGAGGGUGGUCUGGUCAAAGUAGGAGUACAGAUGAUCGAUGAACAGCAUUAGCUGAAGUUAGUGGGGAUACAUGAGACAUGGGAAUGUGUGCGAGUUUCAAGUGACUCAGCAGGAUGUGGUGAAGAGUCGAAAACAAACUGCGUGGGCAAAAUACUUUUUUUGAGGAAAGAGUGCUGGGCCCGAGGUUCAGUAUACAUGCAAGUUUUCAUAGUUUUUAAUGUUUGAAUAUGAAAAAUAUGUUUAUCAUUUUACAAGACUUGAAUUAGUAUCUUUGAAUCUAGGACAUAGUGAUUGAAAUACUCUAGUUUACUCUCCUGCUGAGAAUAACACGCAGCCAGAAGCUACUCUGAACAUCUAUCAACUAUUUAUGAUGUUUUGGCUAGCUUCUUUAAUGUUUUCAGCAAAAUUCGAGUGAAAAGAAAAGGACAUGUUUGUCAGUUGAACUCUAAAUACACUCAUAAUGGUGCUCUUAAUCCUUUUGAUGUGUAAAUAUAUUUCUCAAUACUUUGGCCUAUUUGGUGACAGGCUGUAAGUCAGAGGUAACAGCUCAUACCAUUGCCCCCAAAUAGCCCGCCAGUAAGAAUAAUAAUGUAGAAUUACAAGUCAAGAAGGACUAAAGGAGUGUUUCAGGACAUCAAAAUUUUAAGGUCAUUGACAUUCAGUUCAGCUUAGUACUACAGCUAGAAACAUGAGUUUCACUAUGGCACGCUACAAGAAUGAAGACUGGGAUUACUAUACAAUUCAGACAAGUAAGGUCUAGCUUUCCUAGACACGUUUUUGGCUUAAUGCUCGUGUCAUGAAAGGUAAUGAGUCGAUAUUACUGGAACAAAUCAACCGUUGAGUCGCAGCUGUCUAAAUAAAGUACUGCACCCUCACACUAAGAGACGGCGAUUGUGUAUGAGCACUCGUGUAUAGGUAAAUUAGUCAUAUCUCACCUUAUUAGUACAGAAGUUGGGAGAUUAAAGGUUUACAUGGCCAAAGAUUUUGAUAUCAGAAAGGAGUCUUAAAGUUGCCAGAUAUCACAUCACUCUUAUGAAAGAAUACUGACAUUCAUUUAGACCUGUUUCCUCAUAACCUCGUUUAGGAACGUUGGCGUCUCUUCUUGAACUCACAUGCACUCCCAAAGCGCACCCUGAGAGGAAUCUGACUUAUCAGUACAAAAACAAAAGCUUAAUCCAACUUGAAGUGUUUUUUUUCCCGGACAGCUUCCAGCUAAGCACAGGGGAAGGCUGCGGUGGUGAAGUAUAUGAUUAUGAACUGCCACUGUUAUCACAGGUCAUGCGUUAAUACAACACAUGGUGGGAUUUGUCAAGAAGUGAGUUUGAAGACGUGUGAAGGAUGUUUGGAGUGGGAAGACAUUGCCAGAAGUCUACUGUGCAUGUUUGAUGUGCUGGAAAAGCAUAUCUGUAUGUAUUAAAUCCUACUAUGUUAAAAGGGAUAAUGCAUAGUAAGUGGACGGUUAUGCAAAAUAUCAUCCUAGCGAGCAAAGACAAGACCCCUCAGCUUCAAGUCCAGUCGAGCUGACACAAGAUAUUGGUGUGAAGAUAUAGUAUUUGCGUCCAUACUUGGCAGGGCUUCUAUGGCGUUGGUAUUCUUAUCAGUCCAAUUGUGAGUCAAAUCAACACUAAACUUAACAUUUCCAUUCACUGUUAAGUCUAAACAUUAGCCCAAAGCUCAAAUCAUUCUGCAGUUUGUGGUUACUUCCUGUCAGUUUUCUUCAGUUUGGUUGAUGUCUUUUUGACACAUGUCUGCAAUAUUUGAAGUUUUUACACAUCUGACUGCUUUUGGAGAUGCAAUGGUAAAAAUGUUCUUGAAUCUGGGUUUGUGCACCCUGAAUCUGCACGCUGUUUGGGAACUCAGAUUGACUGAGUUAGUUUCCCCUUUUUUAAUCAUCAAAAAAGUUUUUUUGUUGUUGUCUCCCAACCCAAUUCAUUCUUAUCUUUAACAUCUUUUUAGGUAUACCGUUUUUUUUUUUUGUGUUCAUUUAUUGUUGAAUUUAUCUCCUUGUUUUUGGCUCAAAUAUUAACAUUUUGGCCUCUGUGACACCUUGAAGCUCCAGUCUAGAAAAGUCACAUUAAAAUUAAGUUUGUUAUUUAUUUUAUACAGAUUUCCUUGUUUCCCUCUGCUGGUGUCUUGUGAGGAAUUAACCAUAGAUGGAUAAUAAUCUAGUUUAAUUCUAAUCCAUAUAUGUAUUCUCUCUUUUUCUCUCCAGAUUGACUCACCAGACCUCUCUGAGGAGCAGAUACUUAGUCUGCUGAAUGAAUGUGAGCUGCCAGAACGCUGGAUUCAGGAUCUUGAGAGAUUAACAGACCCUAAUUAAAACCACAUCUGAACCCCUGCUAUCAGAAUACUUGUCAAAAGAUUUUCCCACAACUAAUAGGUUAUCACAAGAGAGGCAGAACUGGAUGUAAAUAUGAUUAAAUCUGCCCUGUCUUUUAAAAAGUAAUAUAAUUAAUCACAAACAUGUGAUUUUUAAAAAAGAUUAUAACUCUGAACUGUGGAUAAUAACUGUUAUUUUCUAUUCUAAUUUGUCUCUGUGUUUAAAUAAACAGCUGGAUAGCA